GGGGGAGGGAGGGACGAGCGAGUCACGGCCAUGGCCGAGGGCAGGGGUGGCGGUGGCAGCGCCGGCCUCUUCGCCAAGCAGGUCCAGAAGCACCUCAGCAGGGCCCAGGAGAAGGUUUUGCAAAAAUUGGGCAAAACGGUGGAAACCAAAGACGAGCAGUUCGAGCAGAGCGCCUACAACUUCCACCUGCAGCAGACCGAGGGGCACAAACUCUACAAGGACCUGAAGGGAUUCGUGGGGGCCGUGAGAGCCAUGCACGAGAGCUCGCGGCGCGUGGCCGAGACGCUGCGGGACAUUUACAGCCCCGCGUGGGACGGGCACGAGGAGCUGCGCGACAUCGCCGCCAGUAACGACCUCCUGUGGGACGAUUACGAGGCCAAGCUGUGCGACCAAGCCCUGCGGCUGAUGGAGAACUACCUGGCGCAGUUCGGGGACUUCAAGGAGCGCAUCGCCAAGAGGGGCCGUAAAUUGGUGGACUACGACAGCGCCCGGCACCACCUGGAAGCGCUGCAGGGCGCCAGGAAAAGGGACGAGGCCAAAAUCGCCAAGGCCGAGGAGGAGUUUAACAAAGCCCAGGCGGUGUUUGAGGAUCUGAACAGGGAGCUGAGGGAGGAGCUGCCCCUCCUCUACGGCAGCCGCAUCGCCUGCUACGUGACCGUGUUCCAGAACAUCUCCAACCUCCGCGACGUCUUCUACAAGGAGAUGAGCAAGCUGAACAGGGAUCUCUACGAGGUGAUGAGCAAACUGGAGAAGCAGCACUCGAGCAAGGUGUUCAUCAUCAAAGGCGUGCCCAGCAACCGGCGCUCGCUGAUCAUCUCGUCUCCCGUGAGCCCCCCGGCGAUGUUCCCCUGCCCGGACACACCGGUGACACCGGUGACACCGCCCGGGGGUGACAGCGCCACCGCUGAGGCCACCACCGCCAACGGCGACCUGGGCGCCGUGUCCCCCGGGCCGCCCCCCGCCUCUCCGGCCAGCGAGGGGUCCCUGGACACGGGCUCGGUGUCCAGCGAGGACACCCCGGAGGGGGACCCCGCCCAGGGGACAGCGGGGACAGCGGCGGUGUCCGGAGAGGACACCCCGGAGGGGGACCCCGCCCAGGGGACACCGUCAGUGUCCGGAGAGGAGGACACCCCACAGCGCGACCCCCGCGGGGCAGGGGACGCGGGUGACACCCAGGGGGGUGACAGCGGGGCGCGGGGGGACCCCGAGGGCGUCGCCACCUCGCUGGCGUCGCUGAUUUUGUCCGAGGCCAUCGCCCAGGCCGCCGGCCCCGCGGCCCCGGAGCCGGGGACAGCCGCGGUCACCCGCGGGGAGGGCGGCGAAGGGACCUGCGUGUCCCCAAGCCCCGGUGUCCCCCGCGAUGCCGUCCCGUGUCCCCCGGAGCGCGGGGAGGGCGCGGACAGCGCGGAUUUCGAGCCACAGGGCUGUCCCGGGACACCCGAGGAGCAGGACACGAGCCGGGACACCCCACGCGGUGAAUCCCCCACGCAGGACCCCCCCGAGCCCCUCAGCACCCCGUGAGCCCGCGGCCAAACGGGGCGUCUCCCCCAAAUUCCUUCCUCGCCGUGCCCUUC